AUGAAUGCCUCGUUCCUUGCUGACUUUGCCGAUGAUGAGCUCGUCUCCCUAGCUGCGCUUCACUCGUACGACUUUAUGAGCAAGCUCGACGCUUCUCACGAUUGGGAGCAUAUUGUCCGCGUCGCGUCUCUCGCUGCCCGCAUAUACCGUCGCUCUAUAGAAUCCGGAGAGCUCACCCAUGAAACGUGCUCUCUCCGCAAGAUCAUGCUCGCCGCCCUGCUCCACGACGUCGCGGACCGCAAGUACAUUCAGCCCGACCAGGACCCCAAAACGGUCCUCUUUGAGCUUCUCACCAGCCUCGGCGCCGACCACUCCCUCGCGACUGAUGUGGGGGUCAUCUGCCACGGCGUCAGCUACACUGGCGAGAUCCGGGACCCCGAUGCCGUGGCAGCCCUUGCCCUCACUCACCGGGAGCUCGCCGUCGUGCAGGACGCCGACCGCCUCGACGCCAUCGGCGCCGUCGGCAUCGGUCGCCUAUUUACGUAUGGCGGUGCCAAGACGACUCGGCCGCUGCAGGGCUCCCUAAAACACUUUGACGAGAAGCUCCUGCACCUAGUGCCGCUCAUGAAGACGGGAGCGGGCAGCGAGAUGGGGCGUGAGCGAACUGAGCGGCUGCGCCUGUUUAAGCAGUGGUGGGACGAGGAGUGCAGUAUCACGAACGGCGUCUAG